AUGGAAGGCACUCAGACACAACACAAGGUUGACAAUAAAUCGCACCCAGAGCCUACAGCAGCACCAUUGCCAACCAUUACUCGGGUGGACUGGCAUGUGUGGAGAAACAAAGAUGGCCGCCGCGGACUCCUUCACCCUCCCUUAUCUCCCAUAGUCACAAGGAGCGAGCAGCCCUUACCCCCUCACAGACAGGGAUACGCGGACAGUCUACGAGUACUCGGGGCUCACAGACUUCGGGGUUCGCGAGGUUCACCGUGACGUCACCGCCCGCCCGCCAUGUCCCGCUACUCGCGGCCGCCCAACACUUCCCUCUUUGUCAGGAAUGUGGCCGAUGCCACCAGGUAGGUGUACGGCCUGGCCGCUAGCUGUCACACAGGAGGGUCGGCAGGACGAGGGCGCCUCGAGCUCGCGAAUGGCUGUGGAGCCCAGGAGGCAGACAACCUAAUAUGGCCGCCUGGCCAGCCUUGACCAUGACCUGCCCCAUCCAUGGCUCGGUGAUGGGGGCAGCCUGCUAGCUCCAAGGUGAGCCUGGCCUGGAGCCCCCAACUUAUCAAUGGCGGCAACAGCAACUCUCUUCAACAAUGUCAGCUCUUCAACAUCACCUGUGCUUUCUCCACUGAGUGACCCUAACCAAAUACAUAGCCAGCACCCAGAUCUGAGUGACCCUAACCAAAUACAUAGCCAGCACCCAGAUCUCAGUGACCCUAACCAAAUACAUAGCGAGCACCCAGAUCUCAGUGACCCUAACCAAAUACAAACCCAGCACCCAGAUCUGAGUGACCCUAACCAAAUACAUAGCCAGCACCCAGAUCUCAGUGACCCUAACCAAAUACAUAGCGAGCACCCAGAUCUGAGUGACCCUAACCAAAUACAUAGCCAGCACCCAGAUCUCAGUGACCCUAACCAAAUACAUAGCGAGCACCCAGAUCUCAGUGACCCUAACCAAAUACAAACCCAGCACCCAGAUCUGAGUGACCCUAACCAAAUACAUAGCCAGCACCCAGAUCUCAGUGACCCUAACCAAAUACAUAGCGAGCACCCAGAUCUGAGUGACCCUAACCAAAUACAUAGCGAGCACCCAGAUCUGAGUGACCCUAACCAAAUACAUAGCCAGCACCCAGAUCUGAGUGACCCUAACCAAAUACAUAGCGAGCACCCAGAUCUCAGUGACCCUAACCAAAUACAUAGCCAGCACCCAGAUCUGAGUGACCCUAACCAAAUACAUAGCCAGCACCCAGAUCUGAGUGACCCUAACCAAAAACAUAGCCAGCACCCAGAUCUGAGUGACCCUAACCAAAUACAUAGCCAGCACCCAUAUCUGAGUGACCCUAACCAAAUACAUAGCCAGCACCCAGAUCUGAGUGACCCUAACUAAAUACAAACCCAGAUCUCAGUGACCCUAACCAAAUACAUAGCCAGCACCCAGAUCUGAGUGACCCUAACCAAAUACAUAACCAGCACCCAGAUCUGAGUGACCCUAACCAAAUACAUAGCCAGCACCCAGAUCUGAGUGACCCUAACUAAAUACAAACCCAGAUCUCAGUGACCCUAACCAAAUACAUAGCCAGCACCCAGAUCUCAGUGACCCUAACCAAAUACAUAGCCAGCACCCAGAUCUCAGUGACCCUAACCAAAUACAUAGCCAGCACCCAGAUCUCAGUGACCCUAACCAAAUACAUAGCCAGCACCCAGAUCUGUGAGCCAGUGACCCUAACCAAAUACAUAGUCUCAGUGACCCUAACCAAAUACAUAGCCAGCACCCAGAUCUCAGUGACCCUAACCAAAUACAUAGCCAGCACCCAGAUCUCAGUGACCCUAACCAAAUACAUAGCCAGCACCCAGAUCUGUGACCCUAACCAAAUACAUAGCCAGCACCCAGAUCUCAGUGACCCUAACCAAAUACAUAGCGAGCACCCAGAUCUCAGUGACCCUAACCAAAUACAAAGCCAGCACCCAGAUCUGAGUGACCCUAACCAAAUACAUAGCCAGCACCCAGAUCUCAGUGACCCUAACCAAAUACAUAGCCAGCACCCAGAUCUCAGUGACCCUAACCAAAUACAUAGCCAGCACCCAGAUCUCAGUGACCCUAACCAAAUACAUAGCCAGCACCCAGAUCUCAGUGACCCUAACCAAAUACAUAGCCAGCACCCAGAUCUCAGUGACCCUAACCAAAUACAUAGCCAGCACCCAGAUCUCAGUGACCCUAACCAAAUACAUAGCCAGCACCCAGAUCUGAGUGACCCUAACCAAAUACAUAGCCAGCACCCAGAUCUCAGUGACCAUAACCAAAUACAAACCCAGCACCCAGAUCUCAGUGACCCUAACCAAAUACAUAGCCAGCACCCAGAUCUGAGUGACCCUAACCAAAUACAUAGCCAGCACCCAGAUCUGAGUGACCCUAACCAAAUACAUAGCCAGCACCCAGAUCUGAGUGACCCUAACCAAAUACAUAGCCAGCACCCAGAUCUGAGUGACCCUAACCAAAUACAUAGCCAGCACCCAUAUCUAGGCAACCCUAACCUAAUAAAUAUCCAGCACCCAUAUCUGGGUGACCCAAAUAAAUACUAAGCACACAUAUAUGGGUGACGCUAACCACAAUAAACACCAAGCAGGUCUGGUAACCCGGAACAAAAUAAUAACAACCAAGAUCAGGUGAAAAAAUACAUAAAGGAAAAUUCCAAGCACCAUAGAUACUACAGUAUACUGUAGAGUUUAUGUUGUCAGUACAGCCAUGCUGUGCCAAAUGUAAGCAGUCAAGCCGUUGACUUACGAUUUACGACUGCAACUUAUCUGGGGUCCAUCUGGUGUUAGUCACAUCAUCUAUUAAGAAUACAAAUCUGAGCUCCAGCAUGGAGUUUCUAUUGGCACUUCUGAGCCAAGUCCUGCCGUGCAAUACAAGCUCAUUUUGACUGUAUGUCUUUUUUGCAAAUCUAUUCUAAGACGGAAAUGUUUUGUUUCAUCUUGGAAGACACAGAAUAGCUACACAGCUGUCUGUGGAUGGUAAGAUUUUUAUAUACUUGCCUUCUGGUCAUAAAGUUUUAUAUAUAAAAUAGGAGGCUGCUGUUAGUGGAACCUACCAAAAUUUUAAAGGGUUACUCCAAGCAUGAUGACCACUUAAGUGGUUUAAAGUGGUCAUGUUGCCUGGAGUCAGUAUGUGCAGCGUUUCACUCUUUAUAUGGCUACUGGAGGUGCUUCCUGGGGUAGUACUGCACCCUCAUCCCUAAUUAUCUAUUCCAGCACUACAGUGUUAGGAAUACAGGCUUGUAUUCCUGACACUAUAGUGUACUUUUAAGAAAAAUAAUCCAUGCAUUUAGGUGACAAAAUAUGGACAUUGAUCAGUGUUUAUCAAUCUCUGAAGUGUACAAUACAGGCUUCAUGUUUGCUCAAAUGUUCAAUAUAUUUCAGCCAGUCUGAAUUCAACUAAGCUGUAAAUAAAACAUUUUAUAGUAAAGGAACACUAUAGGAUCAAUGACCCUAUAGUGUUAAAAACCCUGUCAGGCUUUCUGACAUUCAGUGUCUCCACUCUUUGCAUGGAGACACUGAAUUUUCCUCAUAGAGAUGCAUUGAAUUCAUGCAUCUCCAAGAGGAGUUGCUGAUUGGCCUGGGCGGUAUUUGGCUCGUGCUGGUUCUGCCCUUAAAGGACCACUAUAGUGCCAGGAAAACAUACUCGUUUUCCUGGCACUAUAGUGCCCUGAGGAGAGGAAGGGGUUAAACACUCACCUUUCUCCAGCGCCAGGCGGGGAGCUCUCCGCCUCCUCUCCUCCUCUUCGGCUGAAUGUGCAUGCGCGGCAGGAGCUGCGCUCGCAUUCAGCCAGUCUCAUAGGAAAGCAUUCAUAAUGCUUUCCUAUGGACGCUGGCGUCUUCUCACUGUGAUUUUCACAGUGAGAAGUACGCAAACGCCUCUAGCGGUUGUCAAUGAGACAGUCACUAGAGGCGUUAGAGGCUGGAUUAACCUAUUUAUAAACAUAGCAGUUUCUCUGAAACUGCUAUGUUUAUUAAAAAAAAUGGGUUAACCCUAGCUGGACCAGGCACCCAGACCACUUCAUUAAGCUGAAGUGGUCUUGGUGCCUAGAGUGGUCCUUUAAUCGGCUUCCUUGAGAAGCUCAGCCAGUCUAAUGCUUUCCUAUGCUUCUGAUGGUGUUAACCAAGGAGGCAGAUCAGGGGCAGAGGCGGCGGCAGCAGCAGACUGGAAUAAAGGUAAUAUUCUACUAUAUUUAGUGGGGGGAACACUAUAGGGUCUGGAAUACAUGUUUGUGUUUUUGACCCUAUAGUGAUCCUUUAAGUAAAUAAACUUGUGAGGGAUUUGUUCACAAAACACUGAAUUGCAAAAUGUUGACUAAAAUAGCAAAGCUGUCACUGUAGCAGUGUUGGAGAAUGUUUCCAAAUCUCCAUUUGUCAAAUUAUUUCAAUUCACUCCAAAUCUGUGUGUUGUACAUUAACCCUAUGUUUUUCUUUCAUUUUGAAAUUUUAUUUUUAUCUUCUAACAUUCUAACCAAAUUAUAGAACUAUCAUUCUUGCUUAAACAUGAUAUGCACAUCCUUUUGUGCUCCAGUGCACAUCAUAACACAAAAUAAAGUUAUGGUGACAGGAGGUCCCUGGCACUGGCUUACCUUUAGAGUAUAAUUCGUUUACGAAUGCUUUAGCCCAAAAGUCUGUACUUCUGUGCCGUUCUGCUCUGGCCCCCUGACGUUCAACAUUCUGAAAUUUUUCUGCUAUCACAAAUGUGUAACCAAGUUGUAUGUUACUAUUGUGCCCUUAUAUCCAAUGUAAUUUUUUUUUGAUUACCAUGCUGCCGAGCAGGAACAUGUGUGUGUAUAUAUGGCUCUGUGAAAGGAAUGCCUUCGCACGUUGUAAGCAGAUACCUAAAAGAGCAAGCAUGGUGUAUUCUGAAAAAGAUGCCCUCAUCAGUUCUCAGAACUGCUUGCACUCCUCACUUCAGUAUGAACUUCAUUAGUCCUUAGUGGGGGUGAGAGAAUGAGAAAGAUUCAGUAAUAGAAAGAGUGCAGUUCCUCCUUAAAACUUAUUCAGCUCGAAGAAAAAUGUGCUUUCAAUAUGCUGCACCUAACAAUUUUUUCCUUUAUAACCUCUGCACUUUUUUUUAAUGAUUUUUGUAGUGAAACUGUAAGUUACCCUGAUGUGACAGUAUUGGUAGACUUGGGUAAGUAUUGGUAUAUGGAAAGCCAGAAGGGAAAGCUUUAUUUUUACUUUUACGCAAUAUUUGUUAUUGUUUCAGUGGCUUCCUAGCUAGACGAUUUAACAGUAAGUCUGCAGACAAAAUAGUGCAAUUGUUGCUCCGCCAUAAAUAAAGUCCAAACUGCCAACCUUGUCUCUCUGCCUUACACACUUCAGGCCGGAGGAUUUGCGCCGUGAGUUUGGUCGAUACGGCCCAAUAGUUGACGUUUACAUUCCACUUGACUUCUACAAUCGUCGGCCAAGAGGAUUUGCUUAUAUCCAAUAUCCUUUAUUUGCUUGUGUUGAUAAUCAGCAUGGAAGUGUCUGCACCCUAACUGAAUGUGUGUUUAUUUCUCUGUCUCAGAAAAUGUAAAGCAGUCCACAGUAGCUGGCAAGCACCCCAAAGUUUGA